UAAGACUCUGAUGACGUAGUUUCUAUAUAAAUUAUUUAAUUACAAAACAAUAUGAAACUAAUUGUCAACUCUGCGAACAACACUGAUGACUCUGACAAUGACAAAAAGUCUUGUAAGAGCGGAAGGAGCAACACAUUUACCGAUGAAGAAGCUAGGAAAAAUCAUCGCCUGAAUCAGAACAGGAUUAGUGCAAUGAAGUGCAGACAGAAGAAGAAACAACAGUUUAAAGAACUCAUGGAAAAGAAGGAAACACUUGAGAAAGAUAACCUCGAGAUGACUGAAAAGUACGAUAAUCUCCAAAAACAACUGAAGGAGACUAAGGAAGAGAAUGAGGAUCUUAAGAAAAGACUGGAUUUCAUGGAGAAGCAACAGAAGAUCCUUUUUGGAAUUGUGAGACAGUCUAGAACUAGUAUUCCACCCCAAAGUUUCCACUCUACUGUAGCUCCGAUCCAAACAGUUAAAACUGAAGCUUCUCUACCAUUUUUGCAGUCAAAUGUGAGUCCUAUGGUAAAUAAUCAGAUGGAAAUUUUUAUCAAAAAUGAAUCAGAACAAAAAGUUGGAGUUGUGAGUAACUCUGCUUUUAAACCUUCAAAAUGUUCAUCACCUUCAGUUCAGAUGAACAAGAGUCUUGCUACACCAACUCCUCAGCUUGCUCAAUUGAGCUCGAUAGGACUUGGAGUGGACCAUAAAAUCGAGAGUGGCAUGUCUCAGACUAAGCUAUUGUCUGACAUUUGUGCUACUCUGAUGGGCAAGCAAAUGUAACCUGCUUGUCAAAAUGUUAUUAUUGUUAAUAGACUUCAACCGAUCUCGUU